GUCAGAAAAAUGGCCGCCUCCAGUGUACUUUCUGUUUCUCCAAGUCCUAUUUGGAAUAAAGUUCAGGUGUGUUUGGGAAAGCCUUUAUAUCAGCGAUGCCCAGAAUUGGAGCAGAUUUUGGUGAACUCAAGCCAAAAGGACCUAAGUGCUGUUUUACCGGGGCUCUUGGAGAACAUAUUCGGGUUUGGCUCAGAGCCAGGCUGGGGACUAGAUAGCAUCUCUCGGGGCCACAAUGGGGUAGAGUAUGAUGCCCUAAUGAAACUGCUGGGACCAGAAGGGCCCCUGAUGUCACUCGUGUGCAACCUGCAGACAGACCCAUAUCUCACGUUUGAGUUUCCAUCAUCCUGUCUGCCGGGCCCCACACGACAUAUGAUCGAGGAUGGCAGCCUACCUAUGUUUUAUAUCAACAAGCUGCAGUACCAGGGAUACUCCAAGCCUCUCCUUGCCCUCGGAGCCUUUGAGCUGUACAUGUUCUAUUUCUGCCACACUCUGGUGAGCCCAAACUGGCAACAGAAGUCGCUCAACUGGAUCAAUAUAACAGACAUCGUGUACCCUAGUCUUGUGGACGUAUACAUGCGGCACUUCCUGCCUCUCAACAGGAAGGCUCUACCCAGGUUCCCCCAGAUGUCAAGCCCUGGUGUACGCUCCACUGUUCUCCAGCAGUCUUCAAUGAGUGUGCGACAGUCACCAGGAACAGGAAACCAAACAAGGUCAAGGUCACGGCUGGGUCUUCUCAAGGCAAGCAUCCUGUCACCACAGAAGUCUCACUCACAGGCAUCUCCAGGGGCGGAGAGAGCCGAGGGUGACAUCUGGUGGUCUCAGACAUUUGUACAGAUUGUGGCAGAAUUUUGGCUUAAUCAGAAUGCCCAUGACUGUGAAAGGGGAAUCACUCCGCAAAACUUGAGAAAAGGUUGGCAAACUAGAGGUUUGUCUGACAUGUUCUUUCUAAAUAGUAUUGGUAGUAUGGAGAGUUUCAUGCCAAGUAACAACCACAUUCGGCUAGUGCGACUUGUGCUGAAACACCUCCAUUACUUUGUGAAUAGUGUUGAGCCAGAGACGAUUAACUCCGCUUACACACACAUGGAGUCGUCUCCUCUGGAUGAAUUCAAAAGGUCACUCUUUCCCAGCGUACUACAGAAGAAGAUUUAUUGCUUCUUAAGACAUGGCUUUGAGAGAUGGCCUUUGGAUUCCUCAUUUAGAUUGAUGUUAGAGACAUGGUUGACGUUUAUCCAGCCGUGGCGCUACAAGGACCCAACAACUCCAGUAGGACAGGGCAAGGACACAGACAGGGUCACAGAUAACUGGUUUCCAUUCAUCCGAGACAACUUCCUGUUUUACACUGCAAUCUUCCAGGAGUUUCUACAGCGCAGUCAUAGAAUGCUUCUCACAUCCACACACAAUGCCUACAUUGUCUUCAGGGUAACCAAGGUGUUUAGUCUGCCAGGUCUUCCCCAGCUGCUCAGAGAGGCUGAGAAGACAAUGUACAACUGUGGGUAUGGGCAGGUUCAUGAUAUGGGUGGGAGCUACAUAUCCCCAGACAUCUCCGCCAUCCUUCGCAUACAGAUCUCCGAGCUAGAAAGGCCCGAUUUCCAGUAUGUCAACAUGUUCGGACGGGAGAUGCAUAAUGAGGUACAGCAGUUGAUCCAGCAGAUGGUCUCCGCAAAGACCACAUUGGAGACCCAUCUCCAACAGCCAACGAAGAAGGCGGAAAAGUCUGGCCUCAUGUCCUUCUUUGACAUGUCAUCGUUCUUUGAGGACACAUCUAAGGCUUUUGGGGAUAUGAGUUUCUCUGAGGUGAAGAAGCUGGUCACCCACCUUGACCAGGCUCUCAACCAGCUGUGUUAUAUCUUUGGAAUGAAGGUUUCUGAACAGACCAUGUUGUAUGCGCCACAGUCCCCCAACGAGCACCUACACACCCCUAUAAGGCCUGGGUGCGGACAGACAAGCCAGCUCAACACCUCCCUCCCCUCCCUCCCUGUCACGCCCGACUGCCAGCAGACAGACUAUGGACCUCAGCUGACACCAGCUGGCCGGCUACAGCUGAUAAAUGGUCAACGGAAGUUUGACCUUGGCUACCAUGGUGACCCGGACCUACAGCCAAUCAGAAGCUUUGAGAAUACCACAUUGGUGCGAGUUCUACAUAGGCUCUCUUCCUUUCUUAACAAAAUGUUUGAGUCGGAAAUACAGCGUCUUUACAGCCGCAAUGAUAUCAUUGGGAAAAUGUCACAAGUGUACUUUGCAGCCCCCCUGUCUCCAUCCAAAAUGCCAUCGUCGCCUGUGAGACCUGAAGAAUACAGAGCCUUAAAGACACCACGGAUCAGUCUCCGAUUUCUAGCCAGCUAUCAGACAUUUCUCUAUCUGGCUGUGAUGUAUGUGUUUCUACAAUUUGCCUUUGGGUUUGGACCUGUUGGUUACCUGAUGUUCGUGCUGUUGUGUACAUUGGUGUUUGGAAUGUUUAGAGCUAUGACACUACCAGAUGGCACCAAAGUUGACUGAGGCUAUGCACUGUCUUGUGAACUAGUCAAAUCAGACCUGAGCUUCAGGUAGUUGUGAGCAAACCAAUAUGUGUUCAUUUUUGCAUAUGUUGGACAAAUGUUGCAGGCAUUUUUUAAAAACAUGGAUGACAGUUUGAAACCAUCUGUCUGGUGAUAAAAUCUUUCUGUGUACUAAUUGUUGGAUGCGUUAGAUUCACGAUAAGGAUACAUUCACAUUACCUUCAAGGUCAUGUACAAGGCUUGUACACCAAGAUAUGUUUGCAUUGGUGCACAUUUUAUUGUGUAAAUGAUUCAUUGCUUAAGAAGCUGAUAUCUUUAUUUGUUUUGGCCAUGUACAUCAUUUCUAUGUUUAUUUUUAAGGAUGUAGAAUAUGCUUCCAAUUAAUAUUUAUUGUCAGAUGAGACAAAUGAAAAAUAAAUGUGAAUAAAAACUGC